AUGCCUGGAACCAACGACCAACCUAUGAACGCUAAAGCUGAUGCUCCGACAGACAAUUCAAUGGAAGCAUUGGAAGCGCAAUUGCAAGAUCUCCAGCAACAAGUACUUUCCCAGCAGGCACUAGCACAAGCAGCGAGAGGUACGGAGGUUGAAUCUAGCCAUGCUCAAUUUACAUUGGUGAAUUUGCGAUCUGAUGCCCGAAAGUUUAACCUCGUCAUUGCUCAUCUGGAUCAGACCACAGCCACAGAAGUACAAGACGUCAUCAUCAAUCCACCACAAGGUAAUGCAUAUGUUCGAUUAAAAGAAGAACUUAUUUCUCGUUUGGCCCCAUCUAGAGACACACAGAUUAGGCAAAUGCUAGAUCGAGAACAGCUAGGUGACAGGAAACCGUCUCAGUUUCUUCGACGAUUGAAGGAUUUAGCUGGCGGUACAAUGACUGACGAUGCUUUAAAGGCAAUUUGGAUUGAUAGAUUGCCUGUCCAAACACAAUCUAUACUUGCUGCACAUCCUCCUGGUACAGCUGAAAAUCCAACAAAUCUUGAUAACCUUGGUCUCAUCGCUGACAGAAUCAACGACGUCAUUCCACAGCAACAAGUUGCCAGCACAUCUAGCCACCCAAAUCCUUCAUUUUUGAGUCUCUCAGAGAAAGUGGAACAACUGGCUAAGCAAGUUGAAGCCAUGUACACGAACCGAGGAGACCAAAAUCGCAGGCUGGCAAGAUCGAGAUCACGCUCUCGUGCUAGGCAAAACAGAUAUCCAACACCAACUUCGAACGAGAAGAAAAACAACAAUCAAACUCGUUUUUGCUAUUUCCAUCGUAACUGGGGAUCUAAAGCAAGAAAUUGCCGCCCACCAUGUGAUUUCAACCAGCAAGCGGGAAACGAAAACGGAUGUCAUUGA